UCACGGAGACUCUCCACGCUCCGCUGUCCUCCCAACAUGUUGGCCCGGCACGAGUCCAGCUAGAUGAUGACCGCGCGUCCUCCUGUGCUUAGUUUGCUUUGUCGCGUCAAAGAGAUCAUCCCCGCCAGAUAGCCCGCAGCUCAUCGCCUCCCGUGUUUCUUUAUUUUCUACUUUUGUUUUAUACUUUAGUUGUUGUUUUUGUAAGAGAAGGUGAAGGCUUCCAGAUAACGCGACUGGAACUAAACGAAGACAUCUGCUUGGAGAAGACAACGCGACCUGGUCAUCUUUGGGGAAGAAAUUUGUCGCCAUGAGUUCCGAUAAGAGCAAAAUGGAGGAUGAAGCGGUGCUGGACAGAGGAGCGUCUUUUGUGAAACAUGUCUGCGACGAAGAGGAAGUAGAAGGUCACCACACUGUGUACAUUGGCGUGCACGUCCCUAAGAGCUACCACCGGAGGAGACGCCACAGACGGAAGUCGAGCCAUAAGGAGAAGCGGGAGCGGGUCGAGCAGAUUGUGGAAGCAUACAAGUCCAAUGUGGAGAGCGUGGAUGACCCCACCACGAGUAUCCUGAAACCUCUGAUUUCUCCAGCUGAGAGGAUCCGGUUUAUCUUGGGAGAGGAGGACGAUGGACCGCCACCUCCUCAGCUCUUCACAGAAUUGGACGAGCUUCUGUCUGUGGACGGGCAGGAGUUGGAAUGGAAGGAGACGGCCAGAUGGAUCAAGUUUGAAGAGAAGGUGGAGAAAGGCGGAGAACGUUGGAGCAAGCCUCAUGUCGCCACGCUGUCUUUGCACAGCUUGAUGGAGCUCAAAACGUACAUAGAAAACGGUACAAUCUUGUUAGACAUGGAGGCGUCCACACUGCCCCAAGUUGUCGAGAUGAUCACUGACAACCAGAUUGAGAUUGGUCAGCUGAAGGCAGACCUAAAGGAGAAGGUGGUGUACACGUUGUUACGCAAACAUCGCCACCAGACCAAGAAGUCCAACUUGCGUUCUCUUGCUGACAUCGGCAAGAGUGUGUCCAGUGCAAGCCGGCUGUUUUCAAACCAGGAAAAUGGACCACGCUUCUCCUUCGAUAACUCUGUGCCUUUCUUAACUCCACAAGACCCGGCGGAGUCAUGUGAGGUCAUGAGGAGCUCCAGCUUGGGACACCUCUGCAGCCCUACCACUACCCACCGGAAUCUCACCUCCAACAGCCUGAGCGAUUUCUCUGAUAAACCAGAAAAAGAUCAGCUAAAGAAUAAGUUCAUGAAAAAGUUGCCCCGCGAUGCCGAGGCAUCAAACGUGCUGGUGGGAGAGGUCGACUUCCUGGAGACCCCUUUCGUUGCUUUUGUCCGUCUGCAGCAGGCCGUGAUGCUGGGAGCACUUACCGAAGUCCCUGUGCCCACAAGGUUUAUGUUUGUGCUGUUGGGGCCUAAAGGAAAGUCCAAGUCCUAUCGCGAGAUCGGAAGAGCCAUCGCUACCCUUAUGUCCGAUGAGGUGUUCCAUGACAUCGCCUACAAAGCAAAGGGCAGGAAGGACCUGCUGGCGGGAAUCGAUGAGUUCCUGGAUGAAGUGAUCGUCCUGCCUCCUGGAGAGUGGGACCCCGACAUCAGGAUAGAGCCCCCCAAGUCUCUUCCCUCCUCAGACAAAAGGAAGAACAUGUAUGCCGGACUAGAGGCCCCUCAGAUGAAUGGCGACACCCCCCACGAUGCGGGAUCCGGAGGUGGAGGAGGAGGCCACCAAGUCGGAGAGGAGCUUCAGCGCACCAGAAAGUUCUGCGGGGGUCUUGUCCUGGACGUGAAGCGAAAGCUGCCAUUUUUUGCCAGUGACUUCUACGAUGCGCUCCACAUUCAGUCUCUGUCCACCAUCCUGUUCAUCUAUCUGGGCACCGUCACCAACGCAAUCACAUUUGGAGGCUUGCUUGGGGAUGCUACAGAAAGCAUGCAGGGCGUGUUGGAAAGCUUCCUAGGUACGGCACUGACGGGAGCAGUGUUCUGCCUGCUAGCUGGUCAGCCCCUGACUAUCCUCAGUAGCACGGGCCCGGUGCUUGUGUUCGAAAAACUUCUCUUCACCUUCAGCAAGGACAACGAUUUCAACUACCUCGAGUUCCGGCUGUGGAUCGGCCUGUGGUCCGCUCUCUUCUGUCUGGUGCUGGUCGCCACAGACGCCAGCUUCCUGGUGCAGUACUUCACACGCUUCACAGAGGAAGGCUUCUCUGCGCUUAUCAGCUUCAUCUUUAUCUACGAUGCUUUCAAGAAGAUGAUCAAGCUGGCCCACCACAACCCCAUCAACCCGGAGUUUGAUCACAACCUCAUCACUCAGUACGACUGCCGCUGCAUACCGGGCAAUUCAUCAGCACUCCUUAAUACUUCUGCCUGGACAAACGGUACCGCUCUGCCAGAGAAUGCCAGCUGGGCGUCCCUGACCAAGGAGCAGUGCGACAGUCUCGGAGGGCUGCUGCAGGGAGAGGCCUGUGGCUAUGUGCCUGACAUUACCCUGAUGUCCUUCAUCCUGUUCUUUGGGACCUACACCUGCUCCAUGGCUCUGAAGAAGUUCAAGACGAGUAGAUUCUUCCCCACAACAGUGAGGAAGCUCAUCAGUGACUUUGCAAUCAUCUUGACCAUUCUUCUCUUCUGUGGCGUUGACGCCUUGGUCGGUGUGGCCACUCCAAAGCUUUUAGUGCCUAGUGAAUUUAAGCCCACAAGUCCAAAGAGGGGCUGGUUUAUUCCUCCCUUCGGAGAAAACCCCUGGUGGGUGCUCCUGGCAGCUGCACUUCCUGCCCUCUUGGUCACGAUUCUGAUUUUCAUGGAUCAACAGAUCACUGCCGUGAUUGUCAACAGGAAAGAACACAAGCUAAAGAAAGGGGCCGGGUACCACCUGGACCUGUUCUGGGUGGCCAUCCUGAUGAUAUUGUGCUCCUUCAUGGGGCUGCCGUGGUACGUAGCCGCCACCGUCAUCUCCAUCGCCCACAUCGACUCUCUGAAAAUGGAGACGCAGACGUCCGCUCCCGGAGAGCAGCCCAAGUUCCUGGGCGUCAGAGAACAGAGAGUCACUGGCAUCUGUGUGUUCCUCCUGACGGGACUCUCUGUCUUCAUGGCUCCUAUCCUCAAGUUCAUCCCCAUGCCUGUGCUCUAUGGUGUGUUCCUCUACAUGGGCGUAGCAUCACUCAAUGGUGUCCAGUUCAUGGACCGUCUGCAGCUGCUCCUCAUGCCUGCCAAGCACCAGCCGGACCUGAUCUACCUGCGCCACGUCCCCCAGAGGCGCAUCCACCUGUUCACCUUCAUCCAGGCCCUUUGUCUGGCUCUCCUGUGGGUCCUCAAGUCUACUGUGGCUGCCAUCAUUUUCCCCGUCAUGAUCCUGGCGUUGGUUGCUGUCCGAAAGGCCAUGGACUACGUGUUCUCCCAACACGACCUCAGCUACCUGGACGACGUGAUCCCAGAGAAAGAUAAGAAGAAGAAGGAGGAUGAGAAGAAGAAGAAGAACAAGAAGAAGGGAAGCAUCGACAGUGAAAUUGACUUUUCCGACUACCCCUACCAUGAAAAUAUCCCCUCUAUAAAAAUCUCUAUGGAUAUGAUGGAACAGGAGCCCAUGUUGGGGGAUAAAUCUUUGGAUAGAGAUCAGCCGCAGAUUUUCCUUAACCCCCAUUCACCGUGCUGAACACUACUUUGUCUCUCCCACUGUGUAAUCUUGGCAGCGGCUCACAUGGUUCACCUCGGAUUCGGAUCGAGCGGGAGGAUAAUGGUUUCCUCGGGAGGAAGAGCCCUGAAACCGAACUGUGAAAGAAAUCUCUAAAGAAACAGCACAGCAACACUGCAAACAUAGCCAUCCUCUUAUUUUGUUCUUACUACCACAGUGCCGAUUCGUAGCGGUUAUGAUUUUACAUAAAGGUUCGGUUCAGAAUAGCUGGACGUAUUUGUCUUAAAACUUCGGUGGUACUGGAUCACCAGAGAGAGCUCGCGCACCACUGGCCUAAAAACAACCGGGGUUCCUAAGCGUUAGUUUUGAAAGCGUGUUUCGUUAAUUUAUUGAUCGGCAAUUUUACCAUUUGUAGCCAUGAACAGAGGUCCAGGAAGCAUAAGCAAUUCUGGUAUACACUAAACUCAGUCCCUGUGUACAUAUCUUUGCCCCCAGUUGAAUUUUUAUUUGCUAUAAAAUGCUUAAAAAACAACUUUGCUUUAUUCAGAAGUUACUGAAAUCUCUGCCUGAACAUCAUCCGACGGGAUCCACACGUCUUCCGUUUACACGCUGUGAACAAAAAGAGCAACACAAAGUCAUUCAAUGCACAGUCACAAGCCGACCUUUACGUUGAGUUCAAAAAGAUUUUCCUGCCCCGUUCCAACUUUGAAAUUUGAAAAAAACAAACAAAAAAAAAAGCCAACUUUGUCUCAGUCUGUAACAACACACAGGUGUCCUGUUUUUUUUUUUUCACUGUUAUUUCUCCUUCUUCUACCUAUAUAUUUAUUAUUAUAUUUAAGCUCACAGCAAAAUGGCUUGCUGGAUGAAUCUCAUGUGAGGGGUGGAAAUAGUAAUAUUAUUAUUUUUUAAAUUAAUAUUAUGUCUUCUUCAUGCUCUGCAUCCACUCAGCUUUCUUUUCUCUGUUUACUAGAUGUAUGAAACCCUUAUGUAGCUCUACCUCCUCUUCUCUGUAGGUGCCAGACAACUUUUUUAGAUAAUGCAUCUGUUGUGCAAUGAUUUGUGAUCAAAGACUAAUUUGAUUUAUCCUUUAUUUCUUCAAUUUGGCACUGUAUACAUGUCAGAUUCCUUUUGUGACUGAUGGUGUUGUUUUUUUUAUUGUUAUAAGAUCAUGUUAAAUAGCAGAUGCAUUAAAGGGUAAAAUCCACCCAAUUUUUAUAUAAAAAAAAGGUAAUACUUUUGAUGUUUGCAUUUAAUCAACUGAACAUGGCAUUAAUAUAUGACAAAACACUUUUGUUGAUAUUUCAAACACUGACAUCGAGGAGAAAUAUAUUCUAGUGCAUCUGUUGAGUUCAGCGUUAUGUUGGCAUGCAGUUGUUUUAUUAGGUAGCUUUUAUUUUACAAUGUGAUUUUAUCCAGAGGCUGAUAAUUUGAUUAAUAUUUAAUCUUGAAGUACUUUUGAAGUUGUGAUCUUUUUUUUUUUUUUUUUUUUUUAAAUAAUGCAAUAAUAAUUCAAAGAGUGUCUGGAGAAAAAAAAAUUCUGCACAUCUUCAGAAAAGAAACCUUAUACAGCGCUGUGAAAAGCUAUUUGCCUCCUUACACGUUUCUUCUGUUUUUGCUUUUUGGUUACAGUAACAUGUUGCAGACCAUAUGAUGAAUAUGGAUAUCUGGCAAAGAUAAGCCCAGUAAAGACAAACUAAACUUUCAAUGUCCCCUAAAGCUAAUUAGAGCUUAAAUUUUAGCCUGUUUUUAAGGUCCACUCACAACACCUAAAACGGAUUAAAGUUCUGCUCGUUGUUUUUUACUUUCGUUAUCUUUAUCUGAUAUUAAAACUAUAGUGAAGACCUGAAGCGUGUGACUAAAAAGAAAAACCAGAAGAAGUCUAUAAAUGGAGCAAAUACUUUUUCACAGCACAGUUUUGCGAUUUUAUUUAGCCAAGACAUGUGAUAUUUAGGAUUGUUCCUGCAUUGGUUAAGUAACUUGAUUAUGCGGAUCACUGGUACCAAACUGGUUUAAUUGAUGCAAGAUGGAUUCAUUUAUAUGUUGAGUAAUCCAUUCAGUUCAUUUAAACUGUAAAAAGACAUUACAUAAGAAUAGUAUCAUGUGCAAUCUCUGUCGGCACUGGUUGGUAUUGCAAACAUCUCAGAUCCCUCUCACAAUUGCACCAGUAUUCUGUUAUAAAUGUGAAGCUAAUGACUGUUAAAGUUGCUCUAUCCCACAAACCAGCCUGUCUUCCUGUUAUCUCUGUAAUCUGUAUAUCUUGAACUGUGACCUCUCUAGUUUUGAUCUCAUAAAUUAGAGCGGUAUUUAUCAUGCUGUAACACGAAAAAGCAAUUUUAUACCUGCAUCUUAUGUGACAAUCAGGUUACUCCGAAGGAAUGAAAGAGUCAGUGUUUUUCUAUGAAGUCGUGUUUUUAAAUGAGAGCAAUAAAACAAUCUGAAUGAUUCUUAAA